AUGCCUGAAAUCACCGCCAUCCUCUUCGACUGCGACAACACCCUCGUCCUCUCCGAGGAGCUCGCCUUCGAGGCCUGCGCAGACCUCAUCAACCAAAUCUGCGCCGAGCGCAACGUCCCCGUCAAGUUCACCGGCGAGACGCUCAUCACCGAGUUCGUCGGCCAAAACUUCCGCGGCAUGCUCACCACGCUGCAGAAGACGCACGGCAUCGAGAUUGCCCCCGACGACCUGGAGAAGUACGUGCUGAUGGAGGAGGACGCCGUCAUUGCCAAGCUGAAAGCCUCGCUGAAGCCGUGCGUCGGCGUCGACGAGCAGCUGCAGGCGCUGGCAGCCAAGAAGCAGUACCAGCUCGCCGUGGUGUCGUCGUCGGCGCUGAGGCGAGUGCGCGCGUCGAUUGAAAAGGUUGGGCAGGACAAGUACUUCCCUGGGGACGUGGUCUUUUCGGCGGCGACGUCACUGGAGAAGCCGACGAGCAAGCCGGACCCGGCGAUUUACCUGCAUGCGCUGAAAGUGUUGGGCAAGAAGGCGGAGGAGAGCGUUGCGGUGGAGGAUAGCAAGAGCGGCACGCUGAGUGCGACGAGGGCGGGGAUCAAGACGAUUGGCUAUGUUGGGCCUUAUGCGGAUGAUAAGAAGGAGGAGAUGGAGGGCGUGUUGAGGAGUGCGGGCGCGGUGGUGAUUAUGCGUGACUGGAGCGAGUUUCCUGCUGCGCUGGCGAAGAUUGAGAAGGGCGAGGUUUAA